GCAUCUCUUUAAUCCGCCAAUUAUCCACUUGUACAACAAUUUAAAUACCACACAACCCAUUGAUUAACCACUGUAAUGACCCACGUCACAAUCAACCAUUCAAGGUAAAAUUUGGUAACUUGCUGGUAUUUUCACAGUAGCUGGUUUUAACCACCCAUAAAGCAUUCGCCCCAUCGUGCAAUGACUGGCGAAUUCCGCAAAAACCAAAAAUCAGUUCAUCAUCCUGGCGAUAAUUUCCAGUCUGCUGGUCAUUCGUCGAAAUAUUUAGAAUUUUCGAACUCCCGGAAAAUAGAACAGAGACGAAAAAUUGAUGUCAUCAGUCGGAAUUAGUUCAUCAACACGUUGAGACAUUAACAUGUAACGAUUUUAUGGCCAAAACAAGGACAGCCCAUUCAGAGCGGAAAAUUUAUACGUGCGGCUAGGGACUAGUCCGGCGAAUCCACCAUUUGUGCCCAAGGACGAGCUUAAGUCGCCCGUCUUGAGAUCGUGCUGAUGGUAGUGAGAACCAACGACGUCUUUCAGGAAAAUCGGGAUUGGCGGACCCAUGCAAGAACGGACCCGAAUGCGAAUGCAUCGACUGAUAAAGGCCCAAUAUAAUCGUUUUGUCCAUGAAAACGACACGCAAUUACAAAUCCAUAAAGUAUGUAAAAUCCGCGCUUGGAAUUGCACAAGUGUGAGUGUUUGGUAGUGAGCAAUGACCAUCCAGUGACCCGAACAUUUGAUGCUUUCCCGGAAGCUGGGACAAAGGCACAUCCGGAUGGCGCGGACACCAAGGCCCCAUAGCCUCAUCGGUGGCUGCCCCCAGCGAACCAUCAGUCGGUGAGUGCAGGUGCCAGUGAUUACAACUAACCAAGGAGAUACUAAAAGAAAAGUAUGUCCAGAUAGUGAACAUCGAAUCCCAGAUCAGAUCAAAAUGAAAAGUUAUCCGUAUGUUCCCAGUAUGGUGCACGCGAUUACAGUUCUAACGGUUUUGAAGAUGAUGACGAAAGCCCAAACAUCUUGUGGCUCUGGGUCGAUCAACGGCAGGGUGAUGUACGAAAGGUUGCCUAAUAUACAGCUGCAAGGGUUCGAUGAUGACGUGGUUAGGGACUCGGCACCUCCAUUCAGCGUCUUGGAGAAGUGCGAAGAUCUGUGUCUGAGGGAUCGGGCGUCGAACAACAUAGUCCGGGCUUGUGCGUCUUUUGAUUUUCAACCCGGCAGCCGAGUCGCCACGUUCAAUGGAGGCCCGGAGUACGAAGAAUCGACUUGUUACUUAACAGCGGAGCAAGCCAGGCCCGAAGGAAUCGGAAGUUUAAUGCUAGUACCCAACAGUGUACACUUCACCGAAGUCUGUCUAACAUCAAACAGACUCGAAAGGGACUGUCCAAACAGACGCUACAUCUUCGAAAGACACCCCCGCAAGAAGCUCAAGCUUCCCGAAUCCGACAUCAAGGAAAUGAUGGCCAGCAACCGAAGCGAAUGUGAAGACAAAUGUCUGAACGAGUUCAGCUUCGUUUGUAGAUCGGCGACUUUCGACAGCGCGAUGCGCACUUGUACUUUGAGUAGGUUCACCAGACGGACUCACCCUGAGUUACUCAAGGACGAUCCAGAUUCCGACUACCUCGAAAACACCUGCUUGAACGCUGAUCGAAGAUGCGACGGUCUGGCCGUCUUCAUCAAAGAAGAAAACAAGCGACUCGGGGGCCCUUUCGAAGUCGAUCUCUUCACGAACCUCACUCUUGAAGAAUGCCAGUCGAUGUGUGUCCACGCCGAAAAGUAUUUUUGUCGAUCGAUCGAGUACGACGAAAUGACCAAGCUUUGUACCCUGUCCGAGGAAGAUUCCAUCUCGCAGAAGGAAGAUAUCGGGAUCGCGAGUAGUCCCACUCACCAUUUCUACGACUUUGCUUGUUUAGACAGUCUAAAAUUGCCCGUUUCAGCUCGCGGGUCUGAGUAUCCGGAUAAUCACGCGACUUCGCACUUGUUCAGCGGGAAGAAACCGGAUACCGCUUUCCAGAGGUACCGGAAUAGUAGACUUGGAGGUGAACACCACUCUGAAAUUUCUGGUCGGUCGUUGAGUGAGUGUUUGGAUGAGUGUCUGCGGCAACCGAGUUUCCAGUGUAAGUCGGCUGAGUACAGCGAAAGACAUAGGAUAUGUCGGUUGACGAAGUUUAGUCAGAAGGACGGGAUGCGGAUUAUUUAUGACGCCGACUAUGACUACUACGAAAACCUAAUGCUUGGAGGAGAUGACACUCAACGACCUGGAGAGGGUUAUCCAGGAUACCCUGGUGGUGGUGGUGGUGGUGGAGGUGGUGGUGGUGAUAGAUACAGACCAGGAGGCGGCCGCUUCCCUCCCGGCGGUGGCCGAUAUCCACCCGGAAGAUUCCCUCCGAGCAGUGGAGGCGGCGACUGGUACGAUCGACCAUCUGGACGUCCUGAUCGUUACCCAGAUGACAGAUACAGACCGCCCGGAGAUCGAUACCCACCUGGAGGCGAUUUAUAUCCAUCGGGAGCCGACAGAUACCCGUACAAACCCAUCGAUAGUUAUCCCGAUUCGGGGACUCGCUACCCGAUUGGACCUCCCGGUGGCGACAGAUACCCAGGAAGAUACCCUCCGGGUGAUAGAGAUCGGUAUCCUUAUAUCCCGCCGUCGUCCAGCGGUGGGGGGUACCCUCCCAGUCGGUACCCAGGCGGGCGUUACCCAUCUCCUGGAGAUCGAUACGGAGAUCGUUAUGGUGACCGAUACGGAGAUAGAUAUGGAGACAAACACGGUGGUGACCGGUAUGGAGAUAAAUACGGUGAUCGAUACGGAGAUAAAUACGGUGAUCGGUAUGGAGACAAAUACGGUGGUGAUCGGUAUGGUGAUCGUUAUGGAGGUUUUAAUGGGCGGUACGGAGACAACGACUACUACGGGUCCAAGUACGGCGGAGGUAAUCGAUACGGGGGUUCCAAAUAUGGCGGCGGUGGCAAUCGAUACGAUGAUCGAUAUGGCGGCGGCGGCGGCACUCGAUACGAUGAUCGUUACAGCGGGCAGAGUUACUAUGGCGACGAGAGAGACGGUGGAAGUCGGUGGUUCUUCCGGCCUGAUCGACGACCAGGACGUCCUGUUGACGGAAGGCCUCUGUAUGACUCGAGGCCGCCUUAUGACUCGAGACCGCCUUAUGACAACUCGAGACCACCCUAUGACUCGAGACCGCCGUAUGACGAUAAACCCCAUCGUCGACCGAUUUCUCCCGGACCCGACGGACCCAUCUACGAUAACUUCGGCGGGAUUGGACCAAACCGACCGUAUGCCUCUCGGUGUGACGAAGGCGAUAAUUUCAAGCAGGUGGGAAGUAGGCAAAGGCUUCGUCGCGAGUUCGUAAGGAAAUUCAUGAAUGCUCCCUCCCUCACCCAUUGUCAACGAGAAUGUUCGGACGCCAGGGAUUUCAUCUGUAGGUCUUUCAACUACCGAGACUCUCUCGCCGAGGGUGAACGCGACAACUGCGAGCUUUCCGACCGGGAUUCCCGCGAUCUGGAGAUGUCCAACCGACGCUACUUCGACAACACCGGAAACUACGACUUUUACGAACGUGCGAUUAGCCGUCAGGGCGUAGACGGAGACUGUCUCGAUGUCAGCCAAGUCUGCAACGAAGACGGAAUGGAGUUUACUCUCAGAACGCCUGAAGGUUUCUACGGCAGGAUAUACACCUACGGUUUCUACGACCGCUGCUUCUUCCGCGGUAACGGUGGUACCGUCAACGUUCUCCGGAUAAGUGGCGCCCAAGGAUACCCGGAAUGUGGGACUCAAAGAUAUGGGGAUACCAUGACCAACAUCGUGGUCGUCCAAUUUAGCGACUACGUGCAAACUGGUAGGGACAAACGCUUCAACUUGACUUGCUUGUUUAGAGGACCGGGAGAGGCUGUCGUGUCGUCUGGAUUCAUAGGCGCAGGAAAUUCCAGGUCUGGAAGCCCUAUCCCGAUUGAGUAUCUUCCAGCUGAGAACACACUCAGUUCGAAGGUACGACUCAUGAUUCUAUACCAGGGAAGACCCACGACGACCAUCGCCGUCGGAGAUCCGCUAACCUUCAGACUGGAAGCCCAAGAUGGUUACAAUUACGUUACAGACAUCUUUGCUACCAACGUAGUAGCCCGUGAUCCAUAUUCGGGACGAUCGGUGCAACUGAUUGAUCGGAUAGGGUGUCCAGUGGACAGUUUUGUUUUCCCAGAGCUGGAUCGAGGUCGCAAUGGUGACAGUCUGGAAGCUAGAUUCAACGCCUUCAAGAUUCCCGAGUCCAACUUCCUAGUUUUCGAAGCCACAGUACGCACGUGUAGAGAUGGUUGCCAACCAGCUUAUUGUCAAUCGGGAACAGGAAGAUCUGAACCAUCUUUCGGGCGGAAGCGACGAUCCAUAAACGAGACAGUUCUUCUGGAAAGUAACAACACCAUCUCGGAGGAGGAUUCAAGCGAGAGUAACGAGACCACGGUUUCGUUCCCUGAAGGUUCUCGAAUUGACAACAUCGACGACGGCUCCGAGGAGAAAGAGCCAGAGUCUCCCGAGUACGUUCGCGAGAUGAUCGAAGUGUUCGACUCCCGCGAGGAGCUCCAGCAGGAGGCGCGUCGCGCCGAGCCCGCCCCCGAGACCGUGUGCCUGUCCCCUGGGGAGUACCACGGGCUCGUGAGCGCCGUCUUCGCCUUAGUCGCCAUCCUCCUGACCCUCGCUCUCGUCUCCGGGCUCGCCUAUCGCAAGUAUUGGGUCGUCAUGCGCAAGAACAUCCUCGCCGACCGCGCCUCCUCCAACAUGUCGUCCUCCUACCCCAACACCCGCAGCAGCGGACUGUCCAUCUUCGGCGGCGGCUUGCACAAGCCGUUCGGGGGCGGCUUCGGCCGUCGCAACUUCCCCGGUUUGCCUAAGGACGACAUCGAGUGUCCCGGGCCGGCGCCCGGCGGUCCCUUCGAGGACCCCAGCGAGCCCAUCUACACCGACCCGUCGCUGUUCGAGAGGUCGCGGAGUCUGCGGAGCAUCGCCGUGUCGCAGAAGAGACGGAAGUCGCCCGGACCCCAGAACCAGUAAACUGUGAGGCGUGUUCGGGGCGGCCAACGCUCUAGGUUAUUUUGUAUUUAUUGAAGCAUGCUCGAAAUUCUGGUGGACGUCCCGAAUACCGUAGGUUAGUUAGGGUUAGCGCUAGGUUGAUCGUGCAUUAUUUUUUAUCUCGUUGCAAUAUGGAAUUCACUGCCGAAACCAGCUCCAAAUGCCGCUCAUGUCAAAAUAUUGUGAUCGCAGCGUGAGUGCGGCGUGUUGCUGCACGGAUUUGCGCGAUUUUUUUUUGUACCUAUUGUCUGCCUAUGGUGAUGCCAUACGAAGGCUAACUUCACUAUUUCUAGGGCACGGAUGCACCCUUUUAGGUUAAGGUCGUCGAGUAGGGCACAUGCUGAACGCACUUUGUUGUAAGGACAAAUUAGGUUUAAAAUUACGUUUAGGUACUUGAGUAAGUCUAGGUAAAAAAUUAAAAUUAUUUAAAUUACUUGACUUUUUUUUAUUAAUGUAAAUAGA